AAAACCUUAUUCAUAUCCCAUGAAUUCUCACAGGUGCCAUUCGGCAAUACCUGAGAGAGAAUUUGUAUGUGUAGAUGACAGCUUCAUGGCUCGAGGUAAAAGUAAUAACUUCUCUGGGCCUUAUGGGACAUUUCCAAGUGAAGGGCAACUGACCCCAGGAGCACGAUAUAUGGGGUCAGAGAGUAACGUGUUAAAUGCUAACAGCAAUGAUAUUUCAAAUCAGGAGUUACUCGACCUGGCCAAGGGAGAUGAACGAUUGUCGGAGAGUUUAACAACCACCCGCUCUAACGAUGAGCAGCAGAAACCUGUCCUUGAAAAGAGCAAAUCGGAAAGCCCCAGGACUGAAGUUUAUAAGCGCCGGUGGUAUCUUUUGCUUGUCUUCGCUUUGUCCGCCUUACUCUGGAAUGCCGUGUGGUCGACCUGGGGUCCCAUUGCGCAGUCAGCUAAAGAUGUGUAUGGAUGGAGCGAUGGGGAUAUUGCCAUGUUCACCUGGCUGGGGAACAUUCCAUUUCUAGUGACCAUGUUCCCUAUCGCCUAUCUGAUGGAUGUAAAAGGUAGGCUUGAAAUUUUCUAUUACUUUGAUUGCAAGACCAUUUCCCUUGAAUGAUGUGUACAUUUUUGUGCUUUUUACAUUGUUUAACUUAUCCUAAAAGUUGCAAUAGCCCUACAGUUCAUCAGGAAUCAAAAUUCAUAAUUUUUUUGUAAAAUGAGAUAAUCAACUUUAACUGGUCAUAAAUCUUGUAAAUUGUCAAAUUAUUUUUCAACAUUAUUCACAUUAAAAUGCUCUAAAAAUUACAAUUUCAAAAUAAAUCAAAUGAUUUGAUUUUUGCUUAGAAUUUGAAUUCAUAAAGAAUGGCUCUUUGUGAGACAUGAAAGGUUAUAUGUUUAUUAUUAGGUAAUCUUAUAAUAUUUAUAGGUCCAUUAGAGAACACAUAUGAGGCUCCGGCCCUCUCUCAGAUAAGUCCUUCAAAUAGGAUUGUUUUUUUUAUGAUGAUGUUAUUAAUAUUCCAUAGGUAUGCGCAUUGCCAUGGUCUUGAGCUGUGGACUGGCAUUUCUAGGAACAGGUCUCAGGUGCAUUCCCUGCGAUGUGCAAUAUGCCAAAUGGUAAAUUUUUUAAAAUUGUUACUCACAAAGGCCAGAGUUUGUUUUUGUUUUUUUUUUAUUAAAGAGAUCUAUUCAUAUUAUGAGGUUAAUUUUAACUUUGGUACCGAAAGUGGUAAAUUAAAGAAGCUGUUUGUAUUUUGAAUAUCAACUGUAAAUUUAGAAGUCAAAAUAUUAAUCAGCCAGUGGAGACAGCCCGUGACACGGCCAUAAACAAACGGCCUUUAACAUAUUCUGUUUCAUUGGUUUUGGUGAGUGUUCAAUAGAGUAGCUGCUAUUAACAAAUACAACACUGUAAAUCCAUUCAGGCCCAUCUAUGCUGGCCAGCUGUUGAACGGUGUGGCUGGCACAGUCCCAAUGAGUGGGCCGGCACUUCUGUCUGGAUUGUGGUUUCCUCCAAACCAAAGAGCUACAGCUACAGCUUUCUCCACAUUGCUGGGCUACUUCGGAGCUUGCAUUUCAUUCGUUAUAGGUAGGUUAAUGUCGAUGGCAUCAAUGAGGUGGGCAUGUGGUGUAGUAGAAUUGAUUUAUGCAAGAUGCAUAGGAUGACCUAUAGAUGUAUAUCAGAGCCCGUCCAUUAUUUACUUCAAAAAUUUGUAAGCAAUUUUGAGCCACUCCCUCUCUCUUGUCAACACAUGUCACAUUUUCAAGGACCCCCUAAUAAAUUAUGUCGAAAAAAAUUCCCCCCCCCCCUUUUUUUUUUCCAAAAAAAAAUUGAAUAUAUAUAUGGAUUUUUUAAAAUGCUUUAUGUAUAUUAAUCUGCAGGGAACAACAUAUUGAUUUCAUUUUUAUAAAGAUCUUUAAAAAAAUUUAAAUGUUUUAACAAUUAUAAUCUAGGAGCCAGCAUGAUUAAUACAUUGAUCGUGGGCCCUCAAAAUACAGAAGAAGAAGAUCUAUGAGUCAAUUUUAGAUUGCAAAAUUCAUUAAUGAUUUGAUACAGUCUAAAUAUUUAUUGCUAGAUUUUUUUCUUCAACUUCAUUGAUUUGACAAAUUUUUCUGUUUUGCAAUAGCGCAAAACGGCUUUUUAAUUUAUCAUCGCCGUAUUAACUAUUAUUAUGUAACUGGCUGACAUCAUCCUUGUCUAGUCUAACCAUUCAGCGCUUAACAAAUUAGCAUUUUUUUGUGUGUAGUAGUUUCUAUCACCUCGAUUUGUCUUUUUGCAGUCAAUCCUUUUUUUUUUGUUGCUGUUGAGGUGCAGAUGAUAAUUUCUUAUGCAUCAUUGCUGCUGUUCUGGCCAUUUUAAGUAAUAAGAAUUUUUACACCUAUUAAAAUUAACAUAUUUUGCAACACAUUUUAUAGGCCUAGUAAUGAUUUUAAUUUUUUUAAGUACAUUUAUCUCUAAGAAAAAUAGAAUUGUUGAUGUGGAUUCAAUCGUAAAUAAUUGUCAAACAUUUUCCAACCUCCCCCUACCCUCUAUUUUGUUGACAUAUUAAUGGACAGCCCUGAAGUAAACAAAAAUUCAUAAUUCUAUUUAGUGCUCUCUGUUACAUGGCAAUAAUAAUUAGAACUUGGCUGUGUGACAGAUAAUUUAAAUGAUGUGACUGUAUGUUAGCACUUGAAAAUAAAUCUUGAGUCAAGCACAGGUUGAGCUUGUUAACCAUGAGAAAUGAAAAUAAAGAGUUUGUUGUAUUUGGUACUUUUAUGAUUUAAUGAUGGAGAGAUGCUAUGAUAGGAGUGGAGAUAUUGCAAUGAUAUCUGUUGGAGGGAGAGAGAAAUUAAGGUGGGGGAGGAAAGACUUCAAAUACCUAGGAGCAAUAGUCUCAUAAGAAGGCUCCAAGCCUGAACUGAUGUCCAGGAUUGCGCAAACUACAACAGCACUAACGAGGCUCAAGAAAAUAUGGAAUGACAAAAAUAUAGCCCCCAGCACCAAAAUCAGCCUGCUGCGCUCAUUAGUCCUCUCUAUUUUCCUGUAUGCCUGCAAAUCCUGGACAUUAACAGCUGAUCUUGAAAGGAAAAUAAGGGCGAUGGAAAUGAGAUGCUUCAGAAGCAUUUUUGGCAUCUGCUAUAGCAGUGGUUCUCAACCUGUGGGUCGCAACCCCUAUGGGGGUCACGCGACCCUUUCCCAGGGGUCGCCUAAGACCAACUGAAAACACAUAUCCUCACAGCUAUGAAGUAGCAAAGAAAACAAUAGUGUGGCUGGGGGUCGCCACGACACGAGAAACUGUAUUAAAGGGUCGCGGCAUCAGGAAGGUUGAGAACCACUGUGCUAUAGGGACCAUAUCUCCAAUGAUACAGUGAAAGAAAGGAUUCACCAGGCAAUAGGGGAGUACGAUGACCUACAGGGGACUGUGAAAAAACGCAAACUACAAUGGUACGGCCACGUAACAAGGAAUCAAGGGCUUGCCAAAGAAAUAUUGCAGGGCACCACAAGAGGAGGGAGAAGAAGAGGAAGACAAAGAAAAAGAUGGGAGGAUAACAUCAAAGAGUGGACAGGACUAACACUGGGCGAUGAUGUGCGUAGUGCAGAAGACAGAGACGAAUAGAGGAGGAUAGUUCACAUCUCAUCUGUGGCGCCCCAACGGUCCAAGGACUAAGGGGCAUGAUCAUGAUGAUUUCGCAAACACCUGCUGGGAUGAUGUGGCCUAUGUAGCUAUUAUCUUGUGGAUGUGUAUUGGCCUGUGUUGUUUAUGGCUGUUAGGUAUGAAAGACUUAGAAUGGGUAUUCUCGUAUAUAGUUUUUGCAAUGUUGCAUUUUGUAUUUCAAUGUGGGAAAAUAUCGAUUUUUUCAUUUCUCUUUUAAUAUAGUAGACUAUGUACAGCGCUUUGAGCCUUUGGGGAUGAAGUGUGAUUUUCAAAUAAACUUUAUUAUUAUUAUUAUGAAAAUUGGCAAUCUACUUCUUUUUUUUUAAUUGGAAGUUAAAUAACAUAAUAAAAAAAUAUAGGCCUAUGUAAAUAAAAACAAAAUCACAUUCAUAUAACAAGUGAAGAGCAUAGCACAGCAUUAGCAAUUAUUUCAUAGGUAAAUAAUCUUGUGAUGUGAUUUUGAGGUGAAAUUUAAGUUGAUGUUUAAAAUCAGGUAAUGUUCUGAUGGCUUUAAAAUGUAUUUGUCGGUCAUUGACAAGUUUAGUUGCAUACACGACUCAUUCUAAUACUGUGAAAGGCCAUUUAUACAAAUAAAAUUUAAUUAUAACACAUGUUUCUGGUAUUAAAUAAAAAAUAAAUUUGUUAUUUGUUGUUAUGUUGAUAUUUUACAGACCAGUUUUUCACAUUCAGUAAGUGUAUCUUAUAAUCUUGUUUAAAUUUUCAAUUUUCAGGUCCUUUGUUAGUUCCAGAACCAUAUUAUCCUCCGCCUUUCAACGGAUCUAUUUUAAAGUAAGAUUAAGAAUAUGCUAUUGUUAAAUCUGUUAAUAUAUUUUAAUCAGAAAGCAAGUUACAGUUAGGAGUAUAAAAUGACAGCCUCCCUCAUUUUAUUUUAGUCUUAAAAAUAAAGUUAUUAGGUUAUAUUGUGUGUUUUGAUAAAAUAAAACACAUAUUUGUGUAUUGUGUAUUAAAUUUUAAACCUCAAAUAAUGUCGCUUUAUUCUAAAAAUUUUAUGGAGUAAGUUCUAUAACAAACAAUUUUUGUUCUUACAUUCUUUGUAGCUUUUACACCAGAAAAUAAUGAUUAAAUUUUGAGGUUGUGAAGUCCACUGUUCAUACACCCCUUUAUUUGGUUCUUUUGUUGUUCAAAACAGGGCUGUACUAAUUUGUUUUCACACCUCAGGGUAAUUAUUUUUGUUUAAACUUGAUUGUAUUUUUGCCUGCAUAGUUCAAAAGAAGUGCUUAGUUUAGUUUCCUGUAGUGCUAUCAAAUAGCUUAAGCAUGCUUAUUUUAAGUAGCUCGAAUAUCAAUAUGUGUAUCUCCUUUAAGCUGCUUCAUUUAAAACGGACAUGGAAAAAGAUGUGCACACUUUUGUUUCUUCUGUAAUGUGAAAUGAAAUUGAAUCUCGCCAAGACUGAACAGAUUGCAAAAAAGUUAAAAAAUGUCCAUAAAGAUGUGUGGAAGAUGAAUAAGUUAAUUAUUGUAGGUGAUUAUCACCGUUUAACAAUGUCAUGUACUUACAGCACUUGUCAUGUAGGCCAAUUUAUGUAUCACUUUCCAAGUAUCUAGUAUAGCCAUAUCUGUUUGGUUCAGAUUUUGAGUCAAAUGUAUCUGGCUCUCCAGUUGAUGGGGAGGGAUUUCAAAUGUUUACAUGAACUCAAACUCUAGUGAGAAUUCAUUUUUUAAUGUCCUAAUAUCUUAUCCAUUCAUUUCUUCUAUGCCAUGAAACAGCAAUUUCAAGUACAUGGAUUCCAACAGCUCUGGUAAUGGCACAGCAGGUUAGUGAUGGUCGUAUUAGUACAGAACUAAAUAUUAUUUCAAGUAGCUUAUUCAUUGUCAUAUGAAAUUAACAUAUUUAAAAUCCUUGAAAAUGGGCAUAUUCUUUAUUUCAGGAUUCAUAACAUGUUUGAGAACUGUUACUUUCGGAAAUCAUUUCCCAGAAAUCCUGAUAGAGAACCUCCGAAUGUUGACUUUAAUGCAACUUGAAAAUAUAUCAUUUUUGUAAAUCAUUGUUGUUUUAUUGUAUCAAUCCAUUGAAUAUAAAGACAACUUUAAAUUUUAUCUAUCCCUAGAUACCUCCGCACAAAAAGCUGGCAUAAUGAACAUCCUCUAUGCUGGUUAGUGAAAUUUUCACUUUUGAUCUUAAGCUAUUUUUAUGACCAAUAUAUAUAUAUAUCACACAUGCCAACCUGCGGGAUCAAAAACUGCAGCAAAAGUGUGUUUUUUAAAUAUACAAAAAUAAUUUUUAAAAAGGUAAAAAAAGUUGUUUAAAAAAACUGUACAAAAAUUUUUUUUUUAAAUACCAUCAUGAAAAACUGUACAUAAUAAAAAUAAAAAGCCGAAAAAGGUAUACUAUGCAACGUUCUAUUUAAAUCAAUGAUGUUUUGAAUUCAUGCAAAUUAGCUGUCUUGAUAAUUUCUUGAUUAGUUUGAAAACACAAGCAAGUGUAUGCUAAUUUUUAAUUUUGCAAUGUAAACUAUAUAUGAUUGCAUUGGAAUUUUCAAAUAAGAUAUCUGCCCUUGUAGCUUUAUCCCGUUGAUUAUAUACAUGUGGGGGCUGAGGAAAGAAGGAUUUAACAGUGGUGGAAUUUCCCUUCAUUGCCUCGAAGUUUCGUUUGUGUAGCUAUGUUGAAAGGCGCUGCGGUAACAUAUUAGCCAGGACCAAGAACUUUAACUUAAUUUUUUUUCAAAAUGGAUGUGAUGUAUCGAUUGAUAAAGCAUGCAUAGUUCCAAGGUAUUUGGUCAGCCAUCCGCUUAGCCUAAGAAACUUCCCCUAAUUUUUGUGUGUCACAUUUCAUUUUUUUUUUAAAAAUUAAGUUCACUGCGUCAUUGGAAUAAUAAAUAUUUUUUUUAAAAGGAUACAAAAUAACAUUUUUAGUGAUGAGGGCUUUAAAUAAAAUACAGGCCUACUAGUGCACCAAAGAAAAUCACAGCAGCUUUAGCUUCAGAAGUUCAGAAGGUGCUAACACGUUUAAUGUAGCCACGCUGUGCCGCAGAACACAAGUAGCAGUAGGCAUAGUUACUAAUAAAGCUAUUCAUUGUCCGUGGUAUUAAAUAUAUUCAAUUUUUUAAUAGUCACAAAAUGACCGACAGAUUUGUAAAUUAUGGUUUGCUUCUCAAAGUAGCUACUACCAUAAGGAAUCCCCAUAAUAGUUACACGUAUAUUACAUAGUUAAUGGCGGAACCUUGCUCAGAUUUUUUUUUUUAGAUCCUAGAUUUAAAUGGCCUACCAAUGAGGCCAAAGUUGGUUUUGAACUGACCUAUAGGAAUUAAGCAUCCUUUUCACCUACAAUGAAUUUAUUGUAUUGUGUGGGGAAAAAAUUCAUGUUAAAUUAUUUUAAUUUUUUUAUUUUUUAAACUCUUGAAAAUCCAUAAUAAACCUUGUAUGGCGGUACAUAUUUUAAAAUGUUUAAAAACUGUAAAAAAUAAAGAAACCAUACAGGUUGGCAUGUAAAGUGUAUAUAUUUUUAAUAUUUAUAUAUAGAAUAGAUUGUUCCAUAUUUUAUGUUGUAAUCAUAUGAAGAAUAAAAAUAGGUUAUUUUUUAUGUUACAAUAAUAAUUUCUAGACAAACUGUAUAAAUAAUUGACUGAUAGUAUUUCAAGAUAUAGAAGACAGAAAUGUUUACAAUAUGCCAAAUGAAGAAUACCAUUUGCUAGAAUAUAUAGAUACAUUUCAAAGAUGCCUGCAACCAUAUCUUAUUUUACCUUAAACAUAUACAUUAUAUAUAUAUAUAAAUCUUUGUUUCCUCUGACCAUGUCACAGAAUGUGGAGCUGCUGGAGUGCUGUUCUUACUUGUGAUCAUUUAUUUUCCAUCCAAACCACCCCACCCACCCAGUGUGUCCGCCUCCAUACCCAGGGAGAAAUAUCUGCCUGGCCUCAAGAUGCUAGCCAGGUAUAUUGAAUAUGAGACAAUGGGUAUUUCCUUUACGUGGUACUUACCACUAUUUGCAGCCUCAACUUGGUGGUGGCUGUUAAGUUAUUAGUUUUAUUUUGCGUAUAAAUUUUUUUGUUUAAAUGACUAUGAAUUAGAUUAUAGACUUAUUUAAUAUGAAUUGGAUAUUAUAUAUAUUGAAUAUGAAUUGGAUUAUAUAUAUUGAAUGUGAAUGUAAUUCUAGAUAUAUUAACAUCAGUUUGUUUGUUGUAGACAUAUUGAAUAUUAACUGGAUUUUAGAUAUGCUUAAUAUGAAUUUGAGUAUAGACCUUUUGCUUCUGCGUUCAGUUAAGAACUUUGGGAGAAACUCCAUAAUUUUUUACCGUUGUUUGAAUGAUGCAAAGAAAAUCACCCAUUAGCUGGCAGUUACAUAUAGUGUUUUAAAUUACUUUAUUAUACAACGCUUACACAGUGCCUUUACUCUUGCAGAAAUAAACAGUUUUGGGUGACAGCUGUUGCGUACAGCGUCCCUAUAGGUGUCUAUGAAGUCUGGCAAGUUGUCCUAGAUGUAAUCUUUGACUCUAGAGUCUCACAGGUACAGUCAAACAAGAUGAUUUAGUUUAUAAUAAAUUUGUAUUGAUAACUUUUUCUAGUUUUUCUAAUUGUAAAAUCUCAAUGCCACAGAACUAUCAAUAAAAACAAUGUAAUUUCCAACAUUUGACUAUGAAAGCAUAAGUUUGAUAUUUUUUUAUUCAAGUCUGUGGGUAGGUGAUGCAACAAAUUUUUAGAAGAUGAAAAAAAAAGAUCUAUGAACAUAUUGACUUUGAAGAAGACUGUUGAAUUGAAUGUCAGAUGUGAGGUUAUUCUUUUUUAAUUUAUUUUAAAAUUGGAACAUUGUAUUAUACUAGCUCUAACCAAAAGGAAGGGGAAUUAACUGUAAUGUAAGUGAGAUUUCUAAAUGACGUAGAAUUGGGGCUCUCCCUUCCCAACACAGCAUCACUGCUCAUUAUAAGCUAUAUGUGCUGGGAAGCAAAAGAAUUUGUUUAAAUGUGAACUAUUUUUUUUUUUUUUUGUAUUAACUAUUUCUCUCCAAUAUUUCAUCCAGGAAACUGCUGUCUGGAUGGAUUUCUAUUCCACUUUAGGAGGGUGCAUAUCAGGAAUGUUGGUUUCAAAGGGAAGCAAAAGAAUUUUUUUAAAUGUGAACUAUUUUUUUUUUUUUUUGUAUUAACUAUUUCUCUCCAAUAUUUCAUCCAGGAAACUGCUGGCUGGAUGGAUUUCUAUGCCACUUUAGGAGGGUGCAUAUCAGGAAUGUUGGUUUCAAGGUACUGUCUGAAUUUCGGUUAAGAUUAAAACAUAUUCCCUGGUUCAUAAUCAUUCUUUUUUUUUCCAAAAGUUGCAAAGACUUUAAAAAUUGCCCAGUGAUAUUUCUGUUGCAGACUUUCACUGUGAAUUGAAAAAUAAUAGGAAUAGAUUGCUCAUUUUAUGGAAGGAAGCAUAAUUUUUUUUUAUCACCCUGAAAAUUGUGCAUGUUAUUUCCCUAACAAUACAAGUCAUUGGCAAUGAACAGAAGGAUAGAAAGAGUGAGGCUUGAGCUUUGCUAUCAAAUAUACUGAUGCCACAUCAACUUGCCCAAUUCUUGGGGUUUUCUGUCUAAGGUUUGGGUUAGCUGCCGUAUAGGAAGUUGUCAAGCUGAAUGUUCACAUUGUUUAAUUUAGAUAUUUUUCGUUCAUUUGUUGUUGCUUCCUACCAUUGAAAAGAGGUGAUAUGAGAUGAUGGUAUGGUGAAGUGAGGUGACCGAGGGGUUAGGUGAGAUGAGGGGAGGAUGCAGUGAUGUGAGGUGUUGUUUGGGAAUGAUUUGAGGUGAGGUGAUAGUGUGGUUAAGUGAGGAGAGGAUGAGGUGAUGGGAGGCAUUGAUUUGGGAAUGAUGUGAGGUGAGGUGAUAGUGUGGUUAAAUGAGGAGAGGAUGAGGUGUCCUACCAAUCUGACCACCUACUCAUUCAUCGCCUCCAAAUUGAAGACCUAAAACAAAAAGUUUUUAAAUACCUUCUUCUCUGGCCAACAGAUUUGCAGACUAUUUUACCCGUCAGAUGAAACUGUUCCUCCUAGUCUUCUACUUUUUCUCAGCCGUUGCCAUUUUGUGGUGCACUUUGGUUGUGAUGGAUAUCUUACCAUUUGAUGUUGGUAAGCAGUUUCAAUGCUGAUUUGUCUAGUUAAAAAUUCAAUCAGGGAGCCUCUAUUUAUAUAACUUUAGCACAGACUUCCAUGUUAAUACACCUCUCUUACAUUCCAAUCUGACAUUUUCAGACACCCCAAAAACUCAUGUCAGCAUUACCAAGAAACUCAAUUUUAAAGUUGCCCAAAAAGCUAAUGGUAAUGUUACCCAGAAACCCAAUGUUGACAUUGCCCAUGAAGCUAUUAUUGGCUUUGCCCUGAAAGCUAAUCCAUUUAGUUCAUGAAGUAACAUUUAAGUUCUCACAAUUUCUUCUCAAAGUGAGUAUAUACGCAGCCAUUGUCAUUGGUGGUGUGUUCCUUGAUGGCGGGGCUCCUCUCUUCUUUGAGCUGGUCAUUGAGGUCUCCUACCCGGUAGGGGAAGGGGUCACCUCUGGAUGUCUGCAGAUGAUCUGUGCCUCGGCUGGGAUUUUGUUUCUCAGCAUUUUACAGAUUGAAUCCAUAGGUGAGUGGCACCAAGUGUGUUUUUGAGUGCUCCGUUUGUGGUGAAGAUGAAUGAUUUCAUGUGUGUUGUGAUAGGAAUAAAAGUUCAAUUUUUAUUUUGAUAGAAUAUUAUUUAAUUGGUGUUUCCAUGUAUUUAGAACAUUAAUUUCAUUUGUGUUGCGUAUUAUUACAUAGGUGAUUCUGUUUGUGUGAGAAGAUGAGAAAGAUUUAAAGAGAAACCUGAUAAUGAGGGUUUCAACUGUCACGAUGGUUUCAACUGCCACGAUGGUUGCAGCUGUCAUGAUGGUUUCAGCUGUCAUAAUGGUUACACUGUCACAGUGGUUACAACUGUCACAGCGGUUACAACUGUCACAGUGGUUACAACUGUCACAGUGGUUACAACUAUUACUUACUUACUUACUUACUUAUGCCUUUUUACCCCGUCUGGGGCAUAGGCCGUCUAAAAGAAUUUUCCACUCAUCACGGUCCUGUGCUUUCCUUUCCAAUUGCUUCCUGGCAUAUCCCAUAUUUUGCGUGUCUGCCUCUAGCUCACGUCUCCAUGUAUUCUUAGGCCUUCCUCUCUUCCUUUUUCCCUGUGGGUUCCAUGUUGGGCAUUUUCUGGUGGUGCUAUCUGAGGGUUUUCAAAGUAUAUGCCCUAUCCACCUCCAUCUUUUCUUUAUGAUAUCUUCAUCAAUGGGCACCUGGUAUGUCCCUUCUAGUAGAUCUUUGUUGGUGAUGGUAUUUGGCCAUUUGGUGCUCAGGAUUUUUCUAAGGCAUGUGUUUAUGAAUGUCUGCACUUUCUGUGUAAUGCUGGCUGUUGUUUUCCAAGUGGUUACAACCAUAACAAUUUUAAAAAUUUUGUAAUCAGUGAUAUUUCAUGAGAUGAAUCAUUUUGAUGUUCUGCUCACAAAAAAUCCCCCCUGCAAUUUCUACUCUUUAAGGCAAACUGUGGAUGAACUGGUUUUUCUUUGGGACCAUAACGAUGGCCAUGCCGUUGCUAUUUUUCAUCAAGACCACGUAUGGCCGCGCCGACAUCGAUGACUGUGAGGUAGAGGUUUCACCCAGCAUUGAGGACUCCAGCGUCAUAGAACAGGCCUGCGAAGACGACGAUAAAACGAAGCUGCUGAAAGCUGUCGGAAUAUAAUAAUAAUAUGAUAAUAAUAUAAUAAUUCACUCAAACCUAACGAAGC